CAAACAACAAGCACAAAGGUUAAGGCAAAAGCCACUUCCCCUCCUUGCCCAGUGCUUAAGGAAAUGAGACAACAGAGACCAGGGCCACAUACAUCACACGAACUAAUCAGCGAGCCUCAGAGUUGCACAGCAAAGACCUGAAGCAGAGGCAGCGGCUCAGUUCCUCCAAGACAGACAGAAUAAAAGAUCUUCCUGGAGAGAAAAUCUGCUGAAAGCAGUAUCGCUCCUGUCUGCGGAGAGAAGCAGAGAAAUGAGGAUUUUCCUUAUCCUGUCGUGGAUGGCUUUUGCAGGUUGCAUGGCAGUGACAGGCCCCCAGACGGUGACGGGCCCUGAAGGUGGGUCGGUGUCCGUGACAUGCAGGUACAACAAGGGCUAUGAGAAGUAUGGGAAGUUCUGGUGUAGGGAAGGAUAUUCUCUCCGCUGUCUCAAUGGGGAGCACAUCCUGGAGACCAACGGGUUGGAGGCCAAGGUGCGAAAUGGCCACUUCUCCCUCCAGGACAACCACAGCCUGAGUGCGUUCACGGUUACCAUGGAGCACCUGAGCAAGACGGAUGCUGGCACCUACCACUGCGGGGUGCUGAGGACU